ACAAGUUUUUGCCGAACACAAGAGAUUUCAAACUUUCAGAACAAAGCUCAAUAUCUUCUUCUGUUAUAAAACAGUAACAGAACAACACUGAAAAUUAUAUUCAAGCAUUCAUCACUGAAAUUUAUCAAUCAAAUGGGGAAUUGUUCUUUCAAGGAUACAACUGGAGAAUGCCAUCACUCUAUCAGAGUUUUAACUGACACUGGUUCUAUUUUACAAUUCAAAGGUCCUAAAACAGUUGCACAAGUACUCGAAAAUCACCCCGGUUAUGGUGUUUUCCGACAAGGUUGUGCGUCAUCACCGUUAUCGGACCAAGAGAGCUUAAGCUAUGGUCUUGUUUAUUAUGUUCUUCCCUUGAAGGAGGACAAAAAAACUAGGAAUGAUGAGAGAGUAAAGAACGCGGCGUGUGAUUACGUGGAGAAUCUGUCGAAUGGUUCGGCUCUUGAAGUAUUGCCAUCGGCUAAAAAUGGUGUGUGGAAAGUGAAGUUGAUGAUUGAUACAAGACAACUAGAGGAGAUUUUGUCAGAAGAGGUGAAUAUUGAAGCAUUGAUUGAGAAGAUGAGGAUGGCUGCAACUGCAUACUCUAUUAGUAGUCCUACAAGGAGCAGAAGAACAAUGAGUACUUGGAAACUCGGAUGGAAGCCGACAUUGUUCAACACGUUCUUUGCGACCGGAAAAACUAAUAAAAGCAUUGUUGCUGCAGCUGCUACUGCGGUUACAGAAGGGUCAAAUUUAGAUUAGAGUUCUUGUUAAGAAAAGGCUUCCUAGUUCAUGCUCUAUAAUGAAAUUUAUUUAUGAGUAUGUUAAAUUGUUAAUGCUAUAUUUGGACGACUAGUCCAAAUAUCA